CUGUUAUUACGUGCGACAUCAUGUAGGACGCAAUGAUAGUUGCUAGAAUCGGGCUGCAAAGCAAUGAACGAAUUGGCGAAUUCCAUCAGUCUAAAAGGAUGCUAGCAAUUUAAUUGAUUCUAGGAGGUGAAGCUCGGUAUGGCCACCCGGCACGUUUCCCGCCUCGCCCUUGACCCCUACCUGCGCGACCACCUCAUCGCCAACAACCUGACCACGGCCCGCGACGUGCUGCUGCUGAGCCCCCUGGACCUGAUGGAGCUGCUGGGGCUGACGUGGACGGCGGCGCAUCAGCUGCUCGCAGACGUGAGCGCGCAGAUAUCGCCGCCCUACUCGACGGCCUACGACGUGUUCACGCAGCAGGCGACGGCGGAGGCACCCGCACCGCUGCGAACCGGCCUGCCGACUCUGGAUGGGGCCCUGCGACUGGGCGUGCCUGUGGGCUCCAUCACGGAGCUCGUGGGGCCGGGCGGCGUGGGCAAGAGCCAGCUGUCGCACAUGCUGGCGUUGGCAGUCGCCAUGCCGGAAGCGCUGGGCGGGCUGGGCGCCGGGGUGGUUUACAUUGACACGGAGCGCAAGUUCUCUGCACCCCGCCUCCAGGAGAUGGUGCACGCACGGGUGGCGGAGGCCGCUGCGGCGGCGGGCCCACAAGCCGCUCACGUGCUGCAGCCACUGGCGGUGCAAGGGGAGGUGCUGCGUCGUGUGGCGGUCUCGACGCCCGGUAGCACAGAACAGCUCAUGCAAACCGUAGAGAACCUGCAGCAUACGGUGCUGCAGUACAGGGCGCGGCUGGUGGUGGUGGACAGCAUUGCGGCAUUAGCCCGUACCGAGUACGGCAACCCCAGCAGCAGCGGCGCUAGCGGCAGUGUGGCGGGCGGCGGCGGCGGCCUGGUGGGCAGCAUCAUGGACCGACAGCAGGUGCUGGGCCGCAUCGCCGCCUCCCUCAAGGCACUGGCAGAGUCGCUGCGGAUUCCCGUGCUCGUGACCAACCAGGUGACAACGCGGAUAGGAGGAGGUGGCGGCGGAGGCCCGGGACCGCCGGGGUCAGCGGCCAACGGCACGCUGACUGCGGCUUUGGGCGCCAAGUGGGCUCACUGCGUCAACCUGCGCCUGGUGCUGCAGCGGCUACAGGAGCGCCGCUUCCUCAAGGUGGCGAAGAGCCCCUCCUGCGCUAACGUGGUCCUGGAGUACGUCAUCGGCCCCACGGGGCUGCAGGAGGUGCCGCGGCACGAAUCGGAGCUGCCGCCGGUGCUGCUGCAGCGUGGCAGCGUUUUGGACAUGGCCAUUACAAACGAGGUCGACUACGGCGCCGAGCUGUGACCGAGUAGAGGGGACAAUGUGGGUGGUCGGGUCCCGUUGUUUAGGCAUGGACAUCGAGCAGUUGCCGCGUCAACAGCUGCUCUGAUGGUUUACGCUUCCACACUCGCUUGCAGGGGUGCUCGGUUCAGAAUGUCGCUGCCCGGGGGCGAAGACGCUUUCGGGACCUGCUUGGGGAGGGGCCAGUGCUGCGUGUCGUGCCGGAGUGUGCCUGUCCUGGCCAAAUUCCCGUCAAAGAUGAUGAUUUGCAUAUAACAUGUGUGACUCUGUCUGUGUGCGCCUUUGAGACAGCAC